AUGACUUAUAAAAAAAUUGUUUUAAUAACUCUAAUUUGUGUUGUCACAUCAACUAAGAUUUAAAAGUAAUAGAAUAAUAUAAUGUAAGUAAUUAAGGUGUAAUGGAUUAAUAUGUUAACCCAGGUGUAUAAUAAUAGAUUGAUGAAUUAACAUAAUCAAAGAUUGGACAUUUAGUUAUUGAUUUAGCUGAAGUGACAAUGAGAGUUACUGGAGCUGUUGAUUCACUUACUGAAGGAGUCAAAGCAUUUGGAAGAUAAAUUGAAGAAAGAUUAAAUUUAGAAAAUACAUAAUGGGAAGUUAUUGAAGGUGAACAUAAUGCUAAAGUUAUAUCUUUAAGUUCAUAAGCUAAUUAAGCUGAAUUUGAUAUUAAUAGAGAAAAGAAAGUAUUAAAUUCUGAAUUAAUUCCAAGAAUUUAAGAAUUAGAUGAUGUAUUUUAUUAUAAUCUUAAUGAAAUUAAUAGAUUUUAUUAGGACUUAAAGCUAAAUAAACAGAUAAUAAUUAAUCAUUUAAAGAAGCUGAAGCAAUUAGAAAUAUAUAACAUGAUUCAUUUGUAUAAACAACUACUGAAUUUACAGAUGCAUUAAGAAAUAUUGAUGAAGCAUUAGAUUUAUUAACUGAUUUAUUUAAAUCUGGUGAUAUUAGAGCUGCUUUUAUUGAAAUUUCAGAUGAAUAAAAACAUAAAGUUAAUAAAGCAUUAAAAUAAGUUAAAUCAAAUACUGAAAAAUUUGGACAUUAAUAUUCAUCAUUUAUUUAAGCAUUAACUAAUUUAACUGAAGGAUUUAAUUUCAAAGAUAGAUAAGUUUUAAAAGAAAUGUGUGAUUUCUUAAAUAGUUUAAGAUUAAAUAUAUUUGAUGCUUUAACUAAAGCAUAUAAAGAUGAAGACAGUUAAAAAUAAUAAAAUUAAUUAAGAAUAUAAUAAUUAACAUCUGAAAAAAUAGUAUUUGAUUAAUAAUAUGCUGAUUUCUAUUAAGAAAGAGAAGAUAAAACUGUUAGAAUUUCUGAUGUUUAAACUAUGAUAUCUACUAGAUAAGCAGAUCUUAAAGCUUAUUAAGAUAGAUUAAGAACUGAAAAUAAUAAUUAUUCAGCUAAUCUUAAAAUACAUGAUGAUAUUCUAGUAAUCUUAUCAAAUUUAUAUAGUCAUCUGUUUAAUAAGAAUUAGCAAUCUUAGCUAAAGCAUUAUAAGUUGUUUAAACACCACCAUUCUUAGAUUUCUUAAAUGCAAGAAUAUCAAAAGCAUGA